AAUACCCUACUAUUCUGUUUCGUCCAGCAAAGUUUAAACGCUGUUAAAUGUGGUGCCACUAAGAUCAAGGAUAAGACCUACUGAACGGUUACACAGGACAACGCUGUCUUCUUGAUCAAUAUUGCACUUGAGCUGAUGGCUAGAGGGUUGCUGAAACUAAAGUCUGGUCAGGUUUCGGAACCACACAUCACAUUUUCAGCCAUUUUAUGUCCCGUGAAAAGUGAGGAAGACUCCCAACGUAUUUAUUUGUGUGUUACCAUCUCUAGAACACGCUGAACUUCGGGAGUCGCAGAUGAAAUUGGAACAAACUCUGGUGUGUGACUUCGGAUGAACAGUUCAUGAAGCAAGAUGACGUCACAUACAAAGCUCUCGAGCGGGGAUUUCCCUCAUCAUCUAAUCGUUGAAGAAGAAAGAGGCGACAAAAUCGAGUGUUGGGGAUACAGAAAGAGUACCGUUCGAACUAUCGGAGUGUACUGUGCCGGAAUCUUGACAUGUGGGGCACUUUUUCUGAUUAUCUUUUAUUGGAAACCCGACUGGGGCCUGCGUCUAACGCACAUCAAAUGUCCGCACGAGUGCGCAGACAGUAUAAUUGUAAAGGAUAUCUAUGCAAGGAACCAUAAGUGCAGCAUUCUUACAGAACAUGUUAACACGGAUCCAGACACGAGAAAUGGGCCUGCUUUAUCCUCAUCCAUGAUAAACACGAUAUCACAAAGAGACAUGAAGUUAGACAAUGGCAACAUGAGAUACUUUAAAUUUCAGAAAGCCAUCUAUAUUUGGGAUUCUGACGGCCAGCUCUAUUUCAAACUCAGAGGCCUUGCACACAACAUACCGUGUUCCGAUUUUUAUGAUAUCUAUAAUAAAGGACUCGACAAAGAGGCUAUUCAAGAAAGGCAGCAAUUGUACGGUCUCAAUGAGAUUCAAGUACGAGUUAGGCCAAUACUAGUACUUCUUUUGAAGGAGGUGAUGAACCCUUUUUACAUAUUUCAACUGUUUGUGGUGAUCUUUUGGUUUUCAAUCAACUACAUCUACUACACUCUUUGUAUAGUGGUGAUGUCUGCAGUGUCAAUAUCUGUCUCACUCUAUACUACAAGAACAGAAAGCACCAGACUUAGGGCGAUGGCAGACGUUCACGAACCUGUCGAAAUCUUACGCAGAAACGGAGAUCGUGAAACACUGGCGAGUUCGGAGCUUGUACCUGGUGACGUCAUCAUAAUUCCAACCAAUGGCUGCAGUCUCACGUGUGAUGCUGUUCUGUUAACCGGGAACUGCAUUGUCAACGAGAGUAUGCUUACAGGGGAGAGUGUUCCUGUGACAAAGACACCCUUACCAAAUCCCCAGGGUGUAAAAAUGGAAUACUCCAUGGACACACACAAAAGGCACACACUCUUUUGUGGAACUAAAGUCAUCCAGGUUCGCACACAUGGGGAUGAGGUUGUGAAAUGCGUAGUUACUCAAACAGGAUUCUCUACUGCUAAGGGACAACUAGUGAAGUCUAUUCUAUACCCAAAGCCCACCGAGAUCAAAUUGUACAGGGAUGCAUUGCUCUUCGUAGGAAUCCUCACAAUAAUAGCUAUCUUUGGAUUUAUCUACACGGCAAUCAUCAUGGCACUACAAGGGGCAAGUGCUUCUAAAACAGCAAUCCAUGCUAUUGACAUAAUCUCCAUCGCUGUACCCCCAGCGCUUCCCGCAGUACUGACCAUUGGGAUGGUGUUCGCGCAAUUUCGGCUGAAGAAACAAGGCAUUUACUGCAUUAGCCCUCAACGAAUUAACCUAUGUGGGACUGUAGACGUCGUCUGCUUCGACAAGACGGGUACACUCACUGAGGAUGGACUCGACUUGCUUGGAGUGCAGCCUGUCACAAAAAGAAGUUUCAUGCCGAUGGUGGCCGAUGCCAAGUUGCUCUCAUCUGAUCCCAUUUCAGUUGCUAUGGCAACGUGCCACGAACUGUUAGAAGUGGAAGAAAAGAUAACUGGAGAUCCCCUCGAUAUUAAGAUGUUUGAGGCAACUGGAUGGACUCUAGAUCUGGGUGAGAGUGCUACUACCAAGAUACCAGGUUCAGUAGCAGUUGCAAAAGCCAUGUCAGCCGAGCAAGUCAAAGGAGAAAAGUUUCUCGAUAAAGAUCAGGGUUUAUGUGAAAUUGCGACUUUAAAGAUAUUCCCUUUCGCGUCCGCUCUUCAGACCAUGAGCGUUGUUGCCAUGGAUACUGUGACCCGGAAGACGUAUGCCCUUGCCAAGGGGUCACCGGAAAAGAUAUCAAAGCUUUCACGAAGCGAUACAGUGCCCGUCGACUUCCAAGAUGUUUUAGAUGGAUAUACUAAGCAGGGAUUACGAUUGAUUGCGAUGGCGUGGAAACCAAUCAAUAUCAACUUAGACGAUCCCAAUGAACUUUCUACGAUACAAAGAAACCUUAUUGAGUGUGAUCUCGAGUUCAUUGGUCUCCUCAUCUUGCAAAAUAAACUGAAGCCUGCUACGACCCCAGCCAUCACUGAACUCAAUGAAGCAAAUAUAAGAACCAUAAUGGUAACAGGUGACAACAUCUUCACAGCGAUCAGUGUGGGUCGGGAGUGCGGAAUGGUUCGGCGCGGCGCCACAAUCAUGCGCGUAGAGGCGGGGCUUCCGUGCGACCACGCCAAAGCCAAGCUUGUCAUCACUCCCUUGAUCGAUGACAUAGUGAAUGAUGAGGAGAAUGAUUACCAUAACCACAAGAAGGCAAGAGAGGAUGAAAGGCUCGUAAUCAUGAAGGAAGAAGAGAAACAGUUAAUAGCAUGUGACGGCACAACGUUCGGCAUCAUCCGAGAUCAUUACCCACAAAUAAUACCAAAGAUCGCAGCACAGGGCGUAAUAUUCGCACGAAUGUCGCCCGACCAAAAGUCACAGCUCGUUGAAUCGCUUCAGUCACUGGGCCUGUCUGUUGGAAUGUGCGGAGAUGGUGCGAAUGAUUGCGGCGCUCUUAAACAAGCGCAUGUCGGGAUAGCUCUCUCGGAAGCCGAGGCAUCGGUAGCAGCUCCGUUCACCUCUAAAACGGCAACCAUUAGCUGUAUCCCGACAGUCAUAAAGGAGGGUCGUUGUGCUAUGGUGACGUCAUUCGGAUUAUUUAAGUUCAUGGCUGUGUACAGUCUCAUCAUGUUCUCUACCGUUACUGUAUUGACUUCGGUUCAAUACUACGUUGGCGAUAUGCAGUUUUUCAUUAUUGACAUUGUUCUCUGUACGUCAUUCGUAUUGACAGUCGGUGCCAACAAAGCCUAUCACCAGAUAUCAAUCAAACGUCCCAUCACGAAGCUGGUCACACCUCCCAUUGUAUUCUCGCUCAUCGUGCAAACACUAAUCUUACUUGGAUUCCAAGUCCUCAUGUUGAUCCUGGUCAUUCGUCAACCAUGGUAUGAGCCUUCUGAGCUCGACAGUCAUCAUAGGAACGUGGUGUCCUAUGAGAACAUGGCAGUGUGGCUACUUGCCAAUUUUCAGUACAUCACCAUCGCUUUUGUGUAUACGCCUGGACCUCCAUACAGCAACCGGUUCUACCAAAACAUUCCUCUAUUGAUCGUUUUCAUCGUCGACUUUCUUAUCUGUCUUGGAUUUCUGUUUUAUCCGCCUGAGAGGAUCAUCAAAGCAUUUGAGCUGAAAGAAAUUCCAUCAUAUACUUUUAAGGGACUUAUCCUGUUUCUAGCAGCCAUUCAUUUCGUCAUCGCCUUAUUUGUGGACAAUGUUCUGGCGUCCUCUAAGAAACUAAUGAACCUUGUCACGUGUGCAUGCUGCCGCAAGAAAAAGAACCAAAAAUAUCACGGGGUCGAACUCAACGUUCUCAAGAAACCUCUGAUGGAUCUUCUCUCUGAGUCGGAAACUAUUUAUUGCGAAUGAAUGUACCGUAUGUAUUGACGUCAUGGCGCCGCCAUCUUAGAGGUCAGUGUGUUGGUGAUCUGCAGCUGGCGCAUCUCUGACAACUUCGUUCACGCGUAUUCCUACAUCUUCUGAAGGAGGGCGCUAUGAGUUUAUGACGUCACAUGUAUUAAAUGUCUAUUCCAAGAUGACUUGCGUUAGGUUGAGCUGGAAAAUAUGUUUUUGGAUGACCGCAUGAAUGGGAUUAACAUUGGACAACGGGUAUGGCUAAGAAACGAUAAGGAUAUUAAAAUGACGUUUGAAAUUUAUAUUUACUUUGAGCAUGUUAAGUAGGGAAAAUGGAAUCAUUUUAUCAGAGUGUCUAUGUCUAGCAUAUCUAGUAGGCUUAACAACAAGGACAGCACAACAAAUUUUUGGACUUCAUCAAUUUCUGAAAUAGUUUUGACUUAACCUAACAGUGUGUAUGAAAUAUAUAUUGACAUUGUGAUCGCGCUUUGAAAUUAUAUUAGACAUUUUGAAAUAGCGUUUUGAUAUAAAAUUUUUAAUGUAAGUAGCCAAGAAAGAACCCUCCUCUUGGAAUUCAUAUUAUUGUAUAUGUUUAGUAGGCUGACAUAAUUGAAUAUCACUAAUUUUUCACUCGUUCAAAAUUUGAAGUAUUUUUUAAGAUUAUGAAACAGGUUUAAGGAUGUAGCCAAUAGCGAGUGCGUAUGCAAAUCACGUGUUUUUGUUUCCAUUUUACACAACCUUCCAGCCAUGCACUUUUGGUGCCUCAUUGUUCAUUUCUGAUACAUGUAUUAUUACCCCUCGGACGUAAAAAAUGUUUUCGCCCUCUGAAAUUCGGGCUCUCUGAGUUGGCUAUGACAAAAUAUUUCGAUGCGCCUACUAAAGCGCGAUUACUAUUGUUUCAAUAACAUUACAAGAAUAGGCCGAAUCCCCCCCCCCCCC